AUGAGGUUUCGGGGAUCUUCUAAGUUACCAAAUAAAACACUGGAAUUGAAGACGCCUUAUCAGGUAUUUUCUUAUUUAUUCACUGACGACAUUGUGGAUCUGAUUAGAGACGAAACUAACCUGUACAGCAUGCAAAAAGAUGCCAAUAAACCUAUAAACCUCACAAGCCAGGAAAUAAGGGAGUUUGUUGGAAUUACAUACUUCAUGUCCAUAGUUCAUCUGCCUAAUGUGCGAAUGUACUGGUCAGAGAAAUAUGGCUAUGCCCACAUACGCGAGACGAUGCCGCUAAAACGGUUCGAAUUUCUGAGGCAGGUGGUAUUUCUUGUUUUUGGUAUAAGUAUUGUUAGAUUUAAUGUGUUUUCAGAAAAAAUGGAAUCCCGAUCACGAAGAAUAAUGAAUCUACUUAAAUCACCAAGUCACCAUAGAUUGGAUUGCGACAGAGAGAAAGAUCUUUGUUUGGGAACUGAAAAUAUUUGUAACGAAGAAAAAGAGAACACACCAUUAGAACUUAUUAGUCCAAAAAAAAAAUCAAGUUGUGUUACCCAGCAACCAAUUGAUUAUGAUAGUUGUAAGGAGAUGAGUGACGAAGUAAUAGGAAAUAUAAAUGUCAUGACCUCUCCUCAGAAACCUAUCAGGCGCCGUCUUUCUAGCUCAAGCUCGUCCAGCUCUAGUAGCUCUAGCAAUUCUAGAUCUAGCAGCAGUAACUCAAGUAUUACUUCAUCUAGUACUAGUUCUUCUAAUGCUCAUAACACAGGGCGACGACCUUUAGAUGAAAACACCGAUCCACUGCAAGAUAGUUCUAGACAUACAAACGCCGAUCCACAGCCAGGUACAUCUAGAGAUGAAAACGCCGACCCUCAGCCACGAACUUCUAGAGACAAUUUUUCUCCACCAUCCAUAUUGACACCAAUUUGCAACGAUUUGCCAUUGGUUCGACCCCGAACAGCGGAUGAAAUGCUGAUAAGUGCAUCGACAAGCCCAGUUGCAAGUACAUCAAAGGCACUUACCGUUUUUGAAGAAAUUGAAAAGGUUUACAGUGAAGGUCCAGUAAAUAUAGAUUAUGCACACGUGGAAAUCCCAGAUGAAUGGUCGGGAUCAGAGACGUCAGAAAACGAUGAUGUAGGUGAUAUUAGGACAAAGAAGAAGAAAAACCCAAAAUCUAAGCAGAAGAAAAAGGUAGUUGUUAUUAUACAAGAAGAACCAAUUGUAGGUGAAGAAGGUUUUAGAAAGGAGAAGAAAAAUUCAAAGAAAGAACGACAACAAAAACGAUUCAAGGGCGAGGAAUAUGUACGAAAGGAUGGUAAGACUGUAAAUGCUAAAUGUCUUCAACCCAAUCCAUGUAGUGGAAAAAAAUGUGGCAACAAUUGCGAAAAUAUUUCGGAUGAGAGAAGACAGCAGGUGUUCGAUCAUUUUUGGAAACUGACAGUAGACCGCCGACGAGACUGGUUGGUUAAUUUAACACAAAAACUAGCUGUAAAACGUAAACGUACCAACUCAGACACCCGUGUUAAUACUUUUAAAUACCACAUCAAUGAAGGAGAAGGAAGGCGGGUAGUAUGCUUGCAAUUCUUGGCUGCUACAUUAGACAUUUCAGCAAAAUCUAUCUACCAUACGGUCAAGAACUCUGAAUGGGGCUGUGCUAAGGAAGAUUUACGCGGAAAAUGUAUACCACCGAAUAAAACAAAACCAGAUACCAUUGAGAACGUUGUGAAAUUUAUUAAAAGUUUACCGGCAGUACCGUCUCAUUAUUGUCGCCAUGAUUCCUCCCGAGUCUACCUUCCGCAAGAAUUUAAAAAUAUUCCAAAUGUCUACAGCAUUUAUAAAAAACGUUUGGAGGGCGACGGUGUUGAUUUUUCAAAAACCAGAGUGCCUCUUAUGUCAUGCUAUCGAUCAUGUCUACCUAUAUCAAAGCUGAAAUAUGAUGACUUAGCUAAACUUUGCAAGGACAAAGUUAUACCUGGUCAUUUUCAACAUGAGUACUUAAACAUUCCACAUUCACAAACAGAAAAGGACAGAUUACCUGAAUCAGAUAUUGAGGAUCUUGAGGUUUAA